AUGUCCGCGGCACAAUGCACCAGGUUGUUCACCAGAAACAUCCCUCAAGUGAGACGACAACGCCAACUACAAAGUCCCCACGUUACACUCAUUGGCGCACCAACCCCAAGUCACAACCCUACCAUUGACUCCGAAGUUCUACCAUAUCGACUCUACGAACUCUCACUAAAGAAGAUCCGAAAAGAGGCCCACGCAGCCGAGCCCGAUCUACGCCAUGUCAUUGCCGGCAUCACAAUGCAAAAAGUGGUUUCCAGUGUGGUGCAUGAUGAUCUCCUACAGAGAGUGGACAUGAUCGAAACCGCAAAAUUAUCUAGAGGAUUACCGAUCCUACCGGGUGCCGAUGAGCCGUGGGAGCAUGAAGAAAUCAUUGCAAAUCAAACGAAUCCGAAUGCGUGGGAUAUGGAAUCUCUCGAUCAAGCGCUUUGUGAGAUGGAACGCGCUAGUAAGAAAGGAAAUGUUGCAAAAAGUGUUUGUUUUCAGUUAAUUAGUGAAAUGUGA